GACCUGGGUAAAGGCUAUCUAAACAGGAAAGACACUUAGGCCUACAAUAUGUACUAAAGUGUGUUGCGCAAAUACACAGUGAGAAGGCAGGAUUAAUACUGCUUAAAACAUUAGUUACAAGAUACAUGCUAGCCAAUUGAUUGCCUCAAUGUUUUAGAAAGAUUUCAGUUAAAAGUUCAGUUAGACAUCUUUUACAACUAGCAAUAUCACGCUAGCAAGAGACCAACACAGGAUUGUUGGUGUGAUUUUGCUUUUAUAACCGUAAUUUAUUACUGCUGAUGAUUAUGGUAACUUCUCAGGGCUGGUUUGCAGGCAGAAAUCUGACUGUAUCUCAACUCACAACUAAAUACUUUCUGUGGGUUAAUGACGACUUUGUGUUCUUGAAUGAGACACAGAUCGAGAGUUUUGUGGAGAUUAUGGAAGCGCUUCCAGAACUAGAUGUUCUUGGUGGUGAGGUUUUGGGGGACCAGUUCUACUUUGUUCUGGAGUAUGACGAGGGAGAUGAGAGUGACGGCGGCUGCCUAAGAUGUAUUAAAGGGUUGCAUCAACCACUUCCAAGUAAUGAUGGCUGCUUUCUAGUGGAUGACGUUGUUAAUUAUUUCUUGGCUAGUACUGAUGCUGUACAAAGGGUUGGCUUUGAUCCGUUCCUCAAAAGAGUCGGUCACACCGAGUUCUUCAUUGAUGGAGUUGGCAAGCUGAUGGUUGCUUCUUGUAAAGGCAUUUCUGUUGGUCACCAGAUACAUCGGGCACAGGACACAUAUGACUCUUAUAGGAAUCAAGGAAAACUUGAAGAAGAGCGAAAACUGGCUCACCAUUUCUCUAAGAACUAUCUUAACUACAUCAAGUACUGAAUAGUAAUAAUUUGUGAUUAUUUUUGAAAACAAUCAAAUCUGAUUAUCGAUUAAUCAUAAAACAUCUGCCAGUCACGUCACCUAAUGGAUAAUGCAAACAGUGGAGGACAG